AUGAGCAAACCUGAUAAAGUAUUAAAUUAAUUUUAAUUAAUGAAUAUUACUAACAAUUAAAAUGUUCAUACAUUAAGAUCAUAACAUUAGGUCAAGGAAUCACUAAAUACAAUAAUUUUUACGAAUACAUAGCUUGUAAUUGCAGCUGGGCUCGAAAAAUUUGUAAUUUUUACAUUAAAAAAUGACUAAUUAAAGUAUAUAGGCUAAGUUAUAUAAAAUGAUACUAUUUUUUCGUUAUGCCAGAUCAAAAGCUCUAAUUCAAUUCUGUAAGGAAAUUUUGAUGGAGAAAUUAAAAUAUGGCAUCAUACUAGCUUAAACCAUUCAAAGUAUUUAAUGAAGCUUUAGAAACAUAAUAGCAGGAUUUAGAAUAUCAUUAUGAAUAAGGAUGAAGACCAAAUUUAUUCAAGUAGUACUCGUUUAAUUAUCACUGAUAAAAACUAAUAGUAUAAAUAUUCUUAGACUAUUUUAUAAAAUAUAACAAUCAUUAGAUGUGUGAGUUUGCAAGAAUCUCAAAAUAAGUUUUUAGUAUGUGGGCUUGAUAAAUAAAUAAUUGUUUUGCAAUACUAUCCUAUUGAUUAAAAAUGGAAUAAAAUUCAAAAAAUAAAUUUCGAAGCAAAUGGAGAGAGUUUGUGUUUUGUUAAUGAGAAUCAAUUUGUAGUUUAAUAACAUCAUAAAAACACAAUUUAAUUAUUCGAAUUUAAUUGUUCUAAUUAAUAGUUUGAGAAGUCAAAAGAAAUUAAAAUAUAAAAGGGAUUGAUCAGUUACAAUUUGGGAUUCUAAGCCUAAUUUUCAUAAGAAAAAAAGAUACUAAUCACUAAAAAUUCUUAAUUUGUGAAUAUAAUUAAAAGAACAGAAAAAAAUGAGUUUAUUUUUAUAUCAUCUAUAAACUUCGACACUUGUUACAUAUUCGGUUCGAUGAGUGAAGAUGGAAAGUACCUGAUAACUUGGGAUUAAAAAUCCUUGUGCGUAUAAUUAUGGGAAUUGAAAGAUACUCAUUUUUGA